AUGUCGUUCAUCAAGUCGCAAGUCGCUGGGGGCUCUUACCUGCUACCCACUCUCAUCGACCAUUCGGCUCAGGUCAAUGCGUCCCAGCCUUUCCGCAUGGACAGAACCUCAGAUGGUCGAUGGGUUGCCACCACUCACGCACACUUCGCAGCCCUCGUAUCGGGUGCGGCAUGGGCUUUGGGAGAUCUUGAUGUGCCCCAUCGUCGACACAGCGCAGAGCCUCCAGUCCUGGCUAUGCUCACGGGAAGCGACUUGGCAUCGGUGGUAGGAAUCCUGGGCGCCAUCAAGCGAGGCUGCGCUGUCCUGAUGCUUUCAUCACGCUGUCCUCCGGAGACGAUCAUUGCUCUGCUGUCGUCCAGCAAUGCUCAAUGCUUGUUGUAUUCUUCCAAGCACCAAAGACUCGCCGAGCGUGUGCAGCAAGUGUCUUCAUGCAAAGCGCUUCAGCUUCCCUCACUCGAGGGUAUCACCGCUGCCAGCAUCAAAUUUGGUCACUUUUCAUACGAGCAGAGUCGCGACAACGAGGUUCACAAGACCUGCAUCGUUCUGCAUAGCAGCGGCAGUACGGGCACCCCUAAGCUGUGCCCGCACUCCCACAAGGAUAUCUUGAACCACGGUCUGGUCAUUGCUCAUCCCAACGAUGCGGCAACCACUUCGGACAAGAGAGGCCUCGCCAUUUUCAACUCUUUGCCUCUUUUUCACGCCAUGGGCUGGCUCGCAGGCCCACUCGGAUCACUCUUGGCUGGAUUGAAGCCAGCUGUACCAGCAGCAGAUUUCGUCCCAACGCCAGAAUCGAUUGCGGAGCACAUUCGCAGUGCUGGUUGCAAGGCAGCCAUAUUGGUCCCUUCUCUCGUCGACGACUUGACAUCCAAUCUCAAGACGCGCGAUGUCCUCAAUGGUCUUACGGUGUGGUGGGGCGGCGCGCCAAUGUCGGACGCUACUUACUCUCGUAUGCUUGAAGCGGGUGCUACCUCGUUCGUCACGUAUGGUCUGACCGAAACUACAUCGCUUGGCCAUUCGCAUGACAUCCCGCCUCCUGGGCAGGAAGCGCUCGAUGGACGAUGGAUCGUAUUGCGCUCAGACAUGGACUACGAGUUCGAUGCGUUUCCUCUGGAAGAUGCCGGUCCGCAGCUGUAUGAGCUCGUCGUUAAGAGCACAACAGCAUGCAGCGUUAUUAGGGAGACGGCACCAGGCAAGACUCACACUGGCGACCUUAUCGAGAAGCAUCCCACAUGGCCGAAUGCUAUCCGCGUUCAUGGACGCAAGAGCGAUAUGGUCAUCCUGGCAAAUGGCGAGAAUGUAGCGACAGUGCCUUUAGAGAUGGCUCUCAGCAGCCAUCCUUGGGUACUGCGAGCCGUCAUCAUCGGCGAAGGCUACUCUCAUGCAAGCGUACUAAUUGAGCCCCGACAAGCUUAUAGAGACAAGUCGUUGGACGAAUUUCGCCAAGCUGUGUGGCCUAUCGUCAAGCAAGCCAAUGCUAAAGCCCCCGCAUAUGCGCAGAUCUUUCCUGCGAGCGUGAUGCUCACAGAUCGCACGAAGCCACUGCCGGUCUCGGAGAAAGGCACAGUUCAACGCAAACGUGCGGUAGAAUUGUACAAAAAGGAGAUCACAGCCUUGUAUUCGGAGUUCAGGAAUGACGAAGACAAUCUUACAGCUCCCGCGAACCUUUCGGGCGAAGCUCUCCAAUCAUUCGUUCACCUCACCGUCUCGCGCAUGUUGGACUUGGAGACUCUUGAUUUCUCAGCUCCACUCUCCGAGCACGGACUCGACUCGCUUCGAAGCACGAUGAUCCACCGAGGGCUAGUGUCUGGGCUUCACGAAGCUAAAGUUCGGUGCUCGGAUCCGACGUCGUGUGAUCCGAGCAAGCUACCAAAGUCAUUCCCAUUCGACCAUUGCAGCAUUCGAGAGAUGACGGAUGCUCUGUACAAAUUUGUGCACCACGCACGCUCGGCGGACCAUUCCGAGCAGCUCUCGACCAAGCACCAGACCAACGAGAUGCAAGCGCUCCUGGAGAAGUAUGGGUCCCUCGCACCUCUUCACAUCUCCAAGCCCUUCUUGCAGGAUUUCAAGGGCGGCCAGUGUGUCCUCGUCACGGGAACGACGGGCGCUCUCGGGUGCGCCUUGCUCCAACAACUCGAGAAUCUUCCCAAUGUGGCCAAGAUCAUAUGCCUCAAUCGUCCGACUCGAGGCACUGGCGGCGUGCAGCGUCAAGCAGCCGUGCUCAAGAGCCGCGGGAUUGACGAGACGCUCGCGCACAGUGCUAAGCUCAUUUGUGUGGAAGGUACCGCAGACGAUCUAUCGGUGGAUGCGCUUCCGGAGCGUCCCGACCUGAUCAUUCACUCGGCCUGGCCAGUACGCUUCGAUUUGCCCCUCAAAUCCUUCGAAAGUAGCAUCGCAGGUGUUCGAAAUCUUUUGCAAUUGAGCAUGGCGCUGCGAGCCAGAUUCGUCUUCAUUUCUUCCAUUGCAGCGGGCAUGCAAACACAGGCUGCAUCGGAUACGUCUCGCCAUUGCCAGACUCGAGUCAUCGGGGAGAAUAAGCAGGUCGAGCUGGAGUGGGCGCUGGGCGGAUAUGGGGCGAGCAAGCAGGUGGGAGAGCGUCUCGUUUCUUCGGCUGUCAAGGCAAAUCCUUGGUUUGAAGGAUUCUCGAUACGCUGCGGACAACUGAUGGGAGACGAAAAGACUUGCCAAUGGAAUGAGAGCGAAUGGUGGCCAAGCAUCGUGCGGUCGGCUGGCAAGCUCGGGUGCCUUCCGGAGGAUUCUGGGCUUGGAAUUAUCGACUGGAUCACUCACAAUGAUGCAGCCAGGUCGAUUGUCGGGCUUAGCAUCGGUUAUGAUCGGCGACCGCUGGCUGCAACGCCGCAGAGCUCGACGAAUGUUGUGAAUCUGGUCCACCCGAAGGUUGUUGCCUCGGCUAGCCAGAUCUUUGCCGACGUAAUGCACCCUCAGCCCCGAAUCGUACCACUGUUGGAGUGGCUGGACAUGCUGAAUCAGCUUCAAUCUUCCGCCAAGGACGACAAAGAGUACAUGAAGCUCACAGCCGACGUACCUGCGCUUGCCCUUCUCGAUUUCUACAAAGAACGCGCUUCUGCGUGCCAGGCCGUCCGCUACGAGGUUGGAGAAGCCAGCAAAUACCUCGCAAAUGCCAAGGUGCUAGAUGCACCACUCGCAAGGGUCUUUACGAAAGCCUGGGGCCUGCGCAUACGCGAAGAUGCUUGA